AUGGGGCCUGUUUUCCCAGUGCAAAAAUCUCGUUUGCAGCAAGUGGCAUUUGGAAAGGAGUCACGCAACAAAGCAGCAGUUCAAAGGGACCGAGUAACAUUCACCGAAAAUCUCCGUGAAUAUUGUCUCAACACCACAAUUCACGGGUUGAAGUAUAUCGGAACGGUAUCGCUAACCUUGUGCGAAAGGGCAUACUUCUUUGUAACGUUCCUGGUCGUAACCGCUUGCUCAAUUUACUUCAUAUCAAAUGUGUACAUCAAGUGGCAAUCAUCUCCAAUUAUCAUUGGACUUAACCCGAUCGCAACCCACAUUAAGAACAUACCCUUUCCGGCGGUCACUAUCUGCAAUAUGAACCAGGUGCGACGAGAGGCCGCAGAACGCAUCGAGGAACACACGCUAGAGCAAACGGUCCUCCAAAGCAUCUGCUCCAUCGAUGGUGACUUCAAUGUAACCCAGUACGAAGGCAAGUGGUCUGCAGUGAAAAAACUUCUGCUGAGCGCGACACAGCCGUGCUCGGGAAUGUUGAAGGCCUGCAGAUACGCGAAGCAACCGGAAAAAUGUACAGAAAUCUUCCAGUCCGUGUUUACCGACGAAGGUCUUUGCUGUUCGUUCAACACCCUCGACUCGGUGCACAUGUUCAGGAACGCUGAUGCACCAAACGUGUUUCCAACGGAGACAAGCGAUGGUAUCGGAAGAUUUCGACCGAUCCUGUGGACGCCGGAAGGCGGCUAUGCCGGACAUCCUACAAACGCUACAUUCCCACGCGUCAUUGCCGGAACAGGCGUCGCGAUGGGGCUAGCUAUCGUGCUCGAUGCGAACGUGAGCGAUUACUUCUGUUCAUCCACCUCGUCAACAGGCUUCAAGAUCAUCUUCCACAGCCCCACUGAGACGCCCAAGAUCACCGACUACGCACAGUACAUACCGGUGGGGUCGGAAAACCGAGUCAUCAUCACACCCAAGAUAACCGACGCGGCCAGCCAGAUACGAAAAGUGGCUUUAGCUCAGCGUCAGUGUGUCUUCGCGAAUGAGGCAAACCUGUCCUACUACAGUGUCUACUCUCGCAACAACUGUGAGCUGGAAUGUGAAGCAAAGCUAAUCUUGGAGAACUGCGGUUGCGUUUUGUACUACUUGCCGAAGCUGUACGAAGACACAAAAAUCUGCAGCCGUGCUAAUGCGCGCUGCUACGAGCAGAUUCGCAAUUCGAUAGCAUUGACUGCCAACACAAGCCUGUCGUGUACGUGUUUACCCGGCUGCUUCGAAAUCAGUUACAUUCCAGACGUGACGACGGCUGAAUUGCAAGUGGGUCAGUUUGGUAUCCGAGAGAGCUUGCUAAACAACGUAAAGGACGAGCAAUAUGCCAGCAAAAAUUUGGCGCUAAUCUACGUGUUCGUGAAGGACACUUACUAUCGUAGCUUUACAAAAGGCGAGCUGGUGGGAUUCACCGAUUUUCUCUCAAACGUCGGUGGAUUACUAGGACUAUUUCUGGGAUUUUCAAUUAUCUCGCUCAUCGAAGUGAUCUACUUCAUAACGUUACGGCCCUACUGUGCACAACGCAAGCACAAUCACACUCUGCCACUACAUAACUCAGAGACCAGUAACGCAAAUACUUUUCGAAAGGAUUUACUAUGGUUUGGUUCCAAACCACCUGCAACAACUGUUCAAUUCUUCAGUCGUGUGAAAGAGCACGAAUAUACCGACAGCGAUCAGCUUAAGAUUGGCCGUAAUGCAAUGGUAACUGAGUUAACUGUUAAACUUAAAACCCUUGUUCAAUAUCGACUGCAACAGGCUAGCGGAUGGGUGCGUAACACGUUUCGCUCGCGGAGGAACCAACUCGGUCGUGGCUUCGGACAGGAGCAGGCUAGAACAUCCUACCCAUUCUACGAGUAA